ACUCCAGGAUCACCAAGCACACCUGAGUCACCAAGUACUCCAGGAUCACCAAGCACACCUGAGUCACCAAGUACUCCAGGAUCACCAAGCACACCUGAGUCACCAAGUACUCCAGGAUCACCAAGCACACCUGAGUCACCAAGUACUCCAGGAUCACCAAGCACACCUGAGUCACCAAGUACUCCAGGAUCACCAAGCACACCUGAGUCACCAAGUACUCCAGGAUCACCAAGCACACCUGAGUCACCAAGUACUCCAGGAUCACCAAGCACACCUGAGUCACCAAGUACUCCAGGAUCACCAAGCACACCUGAGUCACCAAGUACUCCAGGAUCACCAAGCACACCUGA